AUGUCAAAUCCUUUACUAACACACUCCUUCCUUGGUGAAAUUGAUCAAUCAAAAAUUAAUGAAUUUUUAAAUAAAGAUGUUAAUAUUGAAGAAGAAGAAGAGUCUGAUUAUGAAGAGGCAUUAACUACAAUUAAAAAGAGAAAAGAGGGUAAGAUUCAGAAGAAAAAGAAAGUAUCAAUUAUUUCUAGUGUUCCACCUCAAAAAAGUCAACAAUAA